AAAAAGCACCAGUACCGUACACACACGGCGGCUGCAGCUUCUGCUCAAUUAAAAUCUAUCCUCUCCAUGGAAACACCAUCACUAUAAAAUCCGUAAUCAGUUCCAUAAUUUUCCACAACCAACAUCACAAAUUCACAAUGGGUUAUGAAGACGAUCCGUACCGCGAUGUGGACGGAGAACCGUUGAUGGACUACGACGAAAUGCAAUCUGAUGGCGGAGGCCAAUCACCGGAACCACACCAGAAUCAUAUCUUAGACGAAUUAGAGGAUGAUAUUGAGAAUUGGGAGAGGGGGAGGUCACAAACUCCUGUGUACGACACGGAUAAAGUAGGAAAACCUAGAAAAAGAUUGGUUAAAAAAGGCGGCGAUUCAGGGAAAGAGAGUGGUAGUGGUAGUUAUGUGCAGCCAGAGUUGGUUGAUGACUAUGAAGAGGAUUAUGUAGGGUUUGAGAAGGAAGAAUCGGCUGGGGAAGGGAAGUAUGCCAAGAAAUUUGAGAAGGACAGGGACAGGACGAAGUUUAGCAAAGGGGAAAAUAAGUUUGGAGGGAAAGGAGGGAGCGGGUCGAAAUCCGGGUUGAAGAAAGGAACGGCGACGAAGUUGGUGGCUGGAAAGGAUGACGGCGAAGUUAAAGAGAUGUGGGAUACCAUUGCUGGUGGCGAUUCUGAGGAUGAUCAAGAAGGUGCUAGGACUGUAGAUGAUGACAACUUCAUAGAUGACAGUGGUGUGGAUCCUGCUUAUCGGUAUGGAAAUGACAAUGAACCACACUCUCCUACUGAUGCUCCUCAGGCAGAGGAAGGUGAAGAGGAUGAGGAAAUCAAGCAGCUCUUCAAGAUGGGUAAGAGAAGGAAGAAGAAUGAGAAAAGUCCUGCAGAAAUUGCAUUAUUAGUUGAGAAUGUCAUGGCUGAGCUUGAGGUCACUGCUGAAGAAGAUGCAGACCUCAAUAGGCAGGGGAAGCCUGCAGUUAAUAAACUGAAGAAGUUGCCUCUUCUUACUGAGGUUCUCUCAAAGAAGCAGCUCCAACAAGAGUUCAUAGAUCAUGGAGUACUAACGUUAUUAAAAAAUUGGCUAGAACCCCUUCCAGAUGGAAGUUUACCUAAUAUAAAUAUCCGUGCUGCUAUUUUGAGGAUUUUGACUGAUUUUCCAAUUGAUCUGGAGCAGUAUGAUAGAAGAGAACAAUUGAAAAAAAGUGGGCUUGGAAAGGUUAUUAUGUUUUUAUCAAAAUCUGAUGAGGAAACCACAUCCAACAGAAAACUUGCCAAGGAUUUGGUUGAUAAAUGGAGUCGGCCAAUAUUUAAUAAGAGUACAAGGUUUGAAGACAUGAGAAACGUUGAUGAUGAUCGGGCCUUCAGAAGGCCAACAGUGAGAAGGCCUGCAAAUAAUUCUACCAGAAUGGAAUCUAGAGAUGGAGAUCUUGAUUUAGAUAUUUCACGGGAACGGAGGUCUAGUCAAUCAUCAGACAGACAGCAUGCAUCCAGGCCAGAUGCGACACCAUUGGAUUUUGUGGUGCGUCCCCAAUCUAAGAUUGAUCCUGAAGAAGUUAGGGCCCGUGCUAAACAAGUAGUUCAAGAUCAGCGUCGUCUAAAGAUGAAUAAAAAGUUGCAGCAGCUAAAGGGACCGAAGAAGAGGCAAUUGCAAGCUACAAAGCUUAGUGUGGAAGGUCGUGGUAUGGUCAAAUACUUGUGAUGUUAGCAGUUUCUGAAAUUCAUUGGCAACAACGAACAUGAUGUAAGAAAAAUAAUGUGUGGGGCUGGUUGUUGGCUGGAAGUAACCGUUCCACAAGUGAAGGGCGAUCUGGUUCUUCAGCUUCAUUCGGAUGACAUUGUUCGGGCAAAUUGAAGCCCGCUCCGACUGGAUAUUGGAUUCCCGAUUGGCCUAAUACCUGUUAAAUUGAGUCCGCCCAUAAUUUCCGUGUCACAAACUUGGCGGUUUAAGCUAAAGAAAGAUUAUUGCAAGUUGAAAAGUUCGAGGAACAAAAUAUUCUUAUUUGUAAAGAACACUUCUUUUCAGUGACGUUGCUGUACUUCGGUUAAUGUGUCCUUUCGCCUUGUGGGUUAGAUUUACGAGACAAUCACUGUUGUCUACCGAACCAACAAGCACCGGAUAUUAGGAUGUAUUGUUUUGAUCCAGCAAACUUGUCGAGGUAUAUUGAUACAUGUAACAACAUGGCAUGGUUGAAGCUCU